CCCCCAUGGACUGAAUGAAGAGCGCCGGCGGCGCCUACCGCUGCCCGCCCGGGGCGCCGGGGCCCUGCGCCAUGAACCCCGAGCUGCCGCUGGAGCCGCUGGGCAGCCUGCACGGCGCCGGCCCCGAGCCCGAGCUCAUGGGCAGCCCCAGCCCGCACCACGGCGGCCGCGCCGCGCCGCUCCGCGCCCCGCCGCCCCCGCCGCCGCCGCCGCCGCCGCCGCCCCCGCCGCAGGAGCUGGCGCCGGCGCCCGCGCGGCCGUCCAUGGUGCCCAGCAUGGCCUCGCUGCUGGACGGCGCCGCCGAGUACCGGCCCGAGCUCUCCAUGCCGCUGCACCACGCCAUGGCCAUGCCCUGCGACUCCUCGCCGCCCGGCAUGGGCAUGAGCGGCACCUACACCACGCUGACGCCGCUGCAGCCGCUGCCGCCCAUCUCCAGCGUCUCGGACAAGUUCCACCACCCGCACGCCCACCCGCACGCCCACCCCCACCACCACCACCACCACCACCAGCGCCUCGCCGGCAACGUCGGCGGCGGCUUCGCCCUCAUGCGCGACGAGCGGGGGCUGCCCGCCAUGAACAACCUCUACGGGCCCUACAAGGAGAUGCCGGGCAUGGGCCAGAGCCUCUCCCCGCUGGCCGCCGCGCCGCUGGGCAACGGCCUGGGCCCCCUCCACGGCGCCCAGCAGGGCCUGCACGGCUACGGGCCGCCGGGCCACGACAAGAUGCUCAGCCCCAACUUCGAGGCCCACGGCGCCAUGCUGGCCCGGGGGGACCAGCACCUGUCGCGCGGGCUGGGGACGCCCCCCGCCGCCGUCGUGUCCCACCUGAACGGCGUGCACCACCCCGGGCACCCGGGCCACGCGCCGGCGCACGGGCCCGGGCUGCCCCCCGGCCGGGAGCGGCCGCCCUCCUCGGCCGGCUCCCAGGUGAGCGGCUCGGGGCAGCUGGAGGAGAUCAACACCAAGGAGGUGGCGCAGAGGAUCACCGCCGAGCUGAAGCGCUACAGCAUCCCGCAGGCCAUCUUCGCCCAGAGGGUGCUGUGCCGUUCUCAGGGGACCCUCUCGGACUUGCUGCGGAACCCCAAGCCUUGGAGUAAACUGAAAUCCGGCAGGGAGACCUUCAGGAGGAUGUGGAAGUGGCUGCAGGAGCCCGAGUUCCAGAGGAUGUCGGCCCUGAGGCUCGCCGCAUGCAAACGCAAAGAGCAGGAACCGAGCAAAGAGAGGAGCAACUCCCAGAAGAAAUCCCGCCUGGUUUUCACCGACCUGCAGCGCCGAACACUGUUCGCCAUCUUCAAGGAGAACAAGCGCCCGUCCAAGGAAAUGCAGAUCACCAUCUCCCAGCAGCUGGGCCUGGAGCUCACCACCGUCAGCAACUUCUUCAUGAACGCGCGGCGGCGCAGCCUGGAGAAGUGGCAGGACGAUCUCGGCACGGGGGGCCCCGCCGCCGCCCCCAGCACUUGCACCAAGGCGUGAAGCAACGAGCCGCCGGCAGAGCGCGCGCAGCGGGGCCCUUCACUGGUCACUCGAAAGCACAAUUCUCCUGCAAACGAAGUCGAGCCUAGCUGUAAGCAGAGGACACUUUUUACGGCUUUUAGUCAGUUCUAGAAGGCGCAAGUCGAAAAUUAACCUCUUGCUAUAUAAUGUUACGCUCAGGACGGGCUAAGCGGCUCUGCAAAGCAAACCGGUCGCUCGUGGCAGGAGUUUCUGCCGAGGCCUGAGGCCCCCCGCGUCGAGGAGGGCGAGCGCGGUGGAGCCGCGGCUCCGCGGUUGGCUCUCGGGCUGCUUAGCCUCGUCACCCCGCGACACACCAAAGCUCACAGCCAUAGCAUGACAACCCGAGAACUGAGCACAAACUUCCACACACACACACACACACACACACACACACACACCCGCUAAGGAACCCAAGAACCAGUUCCUAAAACUCAGGCAUGGUUUUGUUAAGUGUUUUAGAAAGAAAAAUGAUCAAAUUUAAGUUUUUGUUCGGAAUUUUUCUUUUUUUACUUUUUUUAAUUUAAUCAGUGAACAUAGCUUGAUCUUGGAUCAGAAAGAUUCAGUUCACUUGAGCUCAAAGUAUCAAGCACAAAGACAAUAGCUAUAGAAACAGGUACGGUCCGGACUCGCUACAGCGGUUCUGUAAAGAUGCAUUCUAACUUACAAAGUUUUAGCGAACAAGUAAGUGACUAUACAAGUCUCAAGCACAGUCUGCAGUUUGUCACAAGUUCUGUGUUUGUACACAAUGCAGAUGCAUACUCAGGAGGUCAAUUUAACUGCUACAGUACAUGGAGCAAACACAAGAUUUUUGAAAGAUCUAGAUUUUUUUAGGUCAUUAAUAUGUCCUUUUUAGUUACCAGGAAUCUAGUUUCUCCUUUAUAACGUCAUUGUUACGGAAACACACUUAGUGUUGGAUGUGUUUUUGUUCAUUUUAUCAAAAUCUGUAUUGGAGUUUUAUGGUACUUUCAAGCAGGAAAAAAGAAAAAAACAGAAACAAGCCCUUCAGAUGCCAUUGACCAUUUUAGAUGUGCUGCAUAUGAUUUCGAUAGGCCGUCUAAAUCCAAAUCGUCUGAACCAUUAAGUUCCUUUUACCCAGUCCAUGCAGCCUGCCGAGAACACAGCACACCAAAGAGACAGGACACCGCAAGCCAAAGAUAUUUGUACCUUGCCAUUUCUUUCAUCCUCGUUAGCGCUGGUCGUCGUUUUAGGAACCAGAAAGCCUCACCAACUCCGCACGACGUACAAAGCCCUCGCGGUCGUUUGCUGUCCGACCGAGCAGAACGGCCGCCGGCGCAGCGCUGAGCGGAGCCGCCGCGGCCGCACGGCCGGCAGCCGCCGUCGGCCUCCGAGCAUCCAUCCCUCCCACCCCUGAAAUGGUCACGGUCACUUGAUGUGCGUAUGUACCAGUGAAUGGCCCCUUUCGAACACCCUCCCGGUGUUCAGAAGUAAGCCAAACGCUGUAACGAUUCUCUAAAGACACUUGAGACUUUUUUUAUGUACUACUUAAUCGAAACCAAAGAAACUUUUUCUGCACCUACUUCUUCUGCAACAAACUGUUCCAUUUAAAGAAAUAAAAUAAAGAAUAAGAAGCAAGGAAGCACGUCAGGAAACAACCAAGCAACACACUGUGUUUUGACAGACAUCUUGGACAUUUUCGGAAGCAGAUUUCAAAGAAAGGGUUGACAAGAGCGAAAACAAAGUAAAGCCAGUAUGAUUGCUGCUUCAUUUGACAACUCAGUAGUCUUAAAGUUGAAGAUUGUCUUUAAUUUGUGCCUAUGCAGUUUUUUCAAAGAACAAGGAACAGAGCAACCAAAACCUCAACAGCUACAAUACCAAAGAUGAGGAUUCUCACAACUUUUAUUUCAGUUCAUUUUUCUCCUCUUGCACGACUGAAAUGCGUAUAGCACCAUUGAUCUGUGUGAAGGUAAUCGAUUCUGUUUCUUUGAGCAACCAAAAGGGUGGGUUUUAUUUAUUUUUUUCCUGUUUCUACCCAACGUGGGCUCCUUCAGAGCUCCAUGGACUCCAAGUAUAAGAUGUUGGGAUACUAAACUACUCUGUCUUCUCUGUCCAGAAACGUGUAUGAAAAAUGUGUCAGCUGGAUAUUGUUUGAUCAGCUAGAGUUGGUCUCUUGUAUGUUUAGAGCUUUAAACCCCCACCCUUCCAUAUGUGAAAAAGGGUUUAAUAGCCACAUCCUCAUUCUCUCCCCCAGGGAUAAAACCUGCUGUAUGUGUACCGGUUUGUUUAUUGCAGGUACUGGAUGCCAUUAGAGUCUGGCUCAUGAAGACCAGAUCCUGAUCUGAACUGAAAUUGAGGUUUCAGCAAUCCAUGUGGCAAUUCGAUAAGUCAUUUUGACAUAUUAUGCUGGUUGGUCAAAGUCAUGAUGACCCAAAUCAUGACAGUCAGACCUAGACCCAAAUUUGACCUUCAGAACUGGAGCAGAGUUGUACCCGGUGUAUCAUUCUGCUCCAUCUCUGCAUUUAAAUGAAGGCUUCUUUUUAGCUAAUCUGCAAAAUUAUCGCAGUCACUUUCCGGUUUUUACAUUUAACAAAACGAACAAAAAAUAAAAAGCCUUUUCUGCUCAGGACAGUUAAGUUCUCUGAAAAAUUCGACAUCCUCACAACAACUAAACUGACAGCACGUACCAGCUCUGGGACUCAAAACAUCCUUAAACGUAGCUUUCCCAGAGAGAUCAUACGUGAUUCAAAAAUGAACCAAAGAAGCCUCAUGAUCAGACAUGGGAAAAAAUGUUCAGGUCUGGGCUGAUGCAUGUCAAUGUCUCCAAGUGUUUGAGAUGAAAGUUAGGGCCCAGCUGAGGUGUUUCAUUCAUAUUUAAACUCUACAUUCGUUCACAUCGAAGAGAGUCCAUCCAAACCAACCUCUACAUCUAUAUUUUGAAUGUGGCAUUGACCACAUCAAUUAUUUCUCAUCCUGAAAGUGUUUUACUGCAUUUCCUAGCAGUAUUAUGCAAUGCUGUUUUUCAGAUUGUUUGUCUCAUACUCCAUUCCAUAAUGCCUUUGCAGUCACGUAAAGGAGAGAAACGCAAUGCUAGCAGAAACACAGAAUAUAUUAAAUUUCCUAGCUUUCGUUACCUUACUGCAGUUGCAAGGAAGAGAAGUGAGUCUUGGACAGGAAAGAAUCUCAGGCAUUAGCUAAGGAAUGUGUUUGAAAGCAGGUGUCCAUGCCAAAGUACAUUUUCCACGUGGGACACUCUAAAAUUAAACACAUCCACAGACGGCUACAUCCUGCCUCUUGCAUGCCGCGUUCCCCGGGGGCAAAGAGAAACGCGCCACGUUCUUCUCGUGGGGUUUUCCUCACUGUAAUGCUGGGCAGUCUGGAGCUUUUGAAGCAAAAGAAGAGUAAAGGGUGAGUGAGCGCUCGCAAAGACAGGUCCUUUUCGCAUCCCGCUUCGCGAAACCCGGAGAACUCCCCAGCACCUUAGGCUGUAUCCCUGCGUGGCAGCCGGGCACCGGGCCGGGUGCCGGCACCUGGACCACCAGCCGCAGCACUGCAUCUCCCCGCGCGUGGCUGCUGGAGAGCAUCAGGCCUGCGGCUGCCUCAGGCCGGAAAGUGCAGUGCCCAAAGACCUAGCUAGUUCUCAGGCUUUGUUCUCCUCCUCUCAGCAGCAAAAAAAUGCAGCAAGUGCCCAAUCCCGUGUGGAAAGCAGACGCUAGAAACCCACGCCUGAGCCUCGGGGCCAGCGAGGGACCUCCAGCUGCCGAGAGUGCCGGAGAACAAGCAGCCAGGGAGGAGCAGAGGACUUUUUUUAAUGUUUUAAUUUGAGUUCACACCAAUAGCUGUAAUUGUAGCAAAAGCAGAAAUUUCCAGGGCAAAUAUUGAAUCGUAAAAAAUCGAAUUGUAAAAAACCCUUCAAUGAGAUUUUUAGUUUUCUCCAAAUUUUGGAAGUUCUUGUUACACAGUAUAAUGGCUUAAAUUCUUGCCUUGAUCUUUCAGAUGUUGAUCUGCAAUCUCACAGUGGAAACCAUAUAAUUAUACUGACCAAAUAGUACCGAGGAUGAAGGUUACUGCCGUAGUGCAGUAUCGGCUUGGCACAACGCGUGAGGUUUCUCUGUGCUGACGAUUGCAAAUACAACAACACCCAUGUUUCCUCCCUACGCCUAUCUGUCAAAAAUCGUGUUGACAUCUAGAAAUACCGCUGCAUUUCUUAUCCAUGCAUCUUUCAUGGCCCCAUGUUGUGUCUUCCAUUUCACUGUCAACCGUUGCAGGCUUUUAUGUAGCAGCUAACUCGGAAAAGGAGCGUCAAGAGCAUAUACUGUGGGUGGCUCUAUUUGUAUGUACACCUAUGAGCAGAAUACAUACGAUAUUCUGUUCAUACUAAAAAAACCUCAAAUGGAUACGCUAUGUUUAUAUACACCAUUUGUUUGUGAAUCUAUAUAGCUGUGUAAUGUAACUCAUUCUUUUUAGUUUAUUUAUUCUGCUAUGAAAGACUAGUAUGUACCGAUAGUAUCCCAGCAUCUUCUCCGCUGCGUACUUGGAGUUACUAUCAUGGGCACAUCCAAGAUGAAUUCAACUUUCAAGAAACCUUGGAUAUUGUUUAAUCAUCUGUGAAGGAACAAAGAAUGUGCUUGAUUACUUCGGUUGAAUAGCUUUAUUCUGGAUCUCUCUUAAUGAAAGCUAAAUCCAAAGACCUGAGAAGGACUAAACCAGCAAACUACACUCAAACCUGCUGAAGGGAAUAGGGAUCUCCCCUUCCAAAACAGGACACGGUAAUGACACAGUAUUGGAAAGGGUGUGCUAGCUUCGGAAAAAAUACAAUGUUUUUCUUGCUUGUCACAAUUCCUACGUAUUUUUCAGACAUGAGGAUACUUUACACUUGGCCUCCUUUAUAUUUAUUAAGGGGAAUUUUUAUUGUUUAAAUUUUUUUUAAAUGCAGAGCUUAAAAUGGUUUUAUUUUUUUCCGGACGCUUGUGGGUUUUAACCCAAUAUAUUAUCUAUCAAUAAUGUAAUUUAUUUAAUUUAAUCUUAGAGUAGGUCCUGAAAUCUCUGUUCAGUCUAAAUCCCAUGUAGUUUCAUUCUAUCUUUAAACUUCAAUGGGAGUUUUGCCUGAAUACGGAUUACAGGAUCAAGCUCAAAUGUUAGUUUUGUGUAACUAUUUAAUUCAAUCAUUUCUGAAUUUGGUGUUAAUUUUGCUUCUUUAUCAAUUUUAGUGUUGUAGUGCAUCAGAGAUGCCAAGGCUAUGUUAGUAAAUACACUUAAAAGUAGUAUUGCUUCAUAAAGCAGCCAAGUUCUGUUACAGACAGGAGGAAAACAACAAGUUACAUAAAUCAGGAGUCUAAUUUUAAUUUCUUCUUUUAAUUGAUUUUAAUUGCUUAAACAUCAAAAUUUAAAUUAUUUAAGUUAACCCCUUCCCAUCUGAUUAGAAAGUGGGACAUACCUUUAUUAUGGCACAUAAAGCCUUCAUAAUAACUUAUUUAUUUAACUUAUUCAUCAUCAUCCCAGGAUGCCCUUGUAUAGUUUUUAUUUUUUAUUUAGAGUGACUUUUAAAGCACUACAGUUGAUUUUCUGUCAGAACAACAGAGCGAAUUUUGAGGACAAGCAAUGAAUAUCCAACCUAAAACCGUGCGUUCAGAAACAAUGGGGAAAAAAGACACUGAGAUACUUUGCCUGAACUUUGUGGCUUCUUAAAACUUAAGCUGGGGGAAAAAUAAUACAUGACAAGCAAAAAGAGAGAAACCCUUAAACUAGCUGCUUCCAAGAAUGAACUUCUGUGUGUGUAAAAAAAAGAAAAAAGAAAAAAAAAGGAAAAAAGAAAAAAAGAAAAAACCUUUCUAUUUCUAGUGAGAACCAAAGAGGCUACCUCACUGACUUUUUCCAUUUGUAAUUUUAAUCGUGUUGAUGAUACCAAAGAUACCAAAGAUUUCUUUCUCUGUGCGGUCUGCAUUUUGCUUGUGCUCUCCUAUAGUUUUAACCUUUCUCUCCUACAUACAGUAAUGUACAGCUGCAACCCAGACACCCCAAAGAAACACUUACCGUGGGAGCUGCUAAUUCUGGUGCCGACAUUUUCUGUGUUUGCCUUCGGCCUUUCUGCCAGCCACAAACGUCCAAGGCCAAGCAGAGCGAGCUCGGAGACGUGGCGCCCGUUCACGUCCCUCCCCACUAGCCAAAUUCCAGUCGUUGGAGCAGUUGCGUCGACUUAGCAGACGAAAUCCAGGUUUUGCUCAACAGCAGUUAGGGAGCAGCUCUCCUUGCUUGGGGAGCUCUGUGUUUCGGCAGGUGCAGAGGUCGUGCUUCGGCAUUUAUGGGUUCUGCAUGUGCGUCAGUGGCAGAAUUUAGGUCAGGACCGAUCCGAUGCUUGAAAAUAAUGCGGAGAGGCUCCCUGGCCUCUUUAACCGCUGGAGAUGUCUGUAAUCAGGCAAGACGAGUCCCACCUGGGGCUCUCAGGCACAGGGGGAGAAACGACCAAGAGGAGCGUUGUCUCUGGCCAACGCCGGUGCCCAGCAACCCCGGUGGGAACGACCCGCUUGCAGCCGUGCCAGGGCCGGGCCGGGCGGGAUGCCUGGUUGCGGGGAGCAGCGUGCCGCGGGCCGCCUUCGCCCCGCCGCGGGGCCCCGGGGCAGGGUGGCCACGUGCUGCCGAGCUGCUGCCCCGCACGCCAGCCCCGCAGAGCGCGAAGGCUGCUCUCCCCUGCUCAUCCUCUUGUUGCUGUUUACAACUACGGUUCUCCUAUGCAAAUCAAUUCGUUAUUUUUCUCAAGUUGUCAAUGAAGCAAAGAUACAUUCAGCUCCAUUAGUAUCAUGUCCCUAAGUGAUUACUUCAAAGAAGUUGGUUGUUUCUCUUUGCAGAGUAAAUGGAGCCCUUUGUAUUUGCUUCUUUUAUCCUUUUUAUACGAUUGAAUAGAGUGAUCUGAUGAGCCAAAUCCGCCCUUCACCACCGCUUGCCGUCGACGUUACUCUGCACCUCUCCAGCUUUAGGCACAGGGUGAAGCUCAGCGCUCGAUCAGGAGCCCUCGCGGUCCUCCUGCGACUGGGAGAGCCGGUCCCUCUGUAAAACCAACAAGAACAUGCUACACAGGGGUUGGUAGACAGGUUAAAAAACCCAACUCAGUCAGAUUUCAGGUGUGGCCGGGCUGGAAAGCUGGCUUAUGAACUAUCCAGGUGUGUCAACCCGGAAACCUGCAGCGCUGCAUGGGCGCAGACCCCUGGUUUCGCGGCGAGGAUCAGGGCGAGUGACGCCGCAGCCCAACGCUGGGCCUCCUGCGUGGGUGGGGUUUUGCCCGGGGGGAGGCCGGGGGGGCCACCCCCACCUCCGCAGCGGUGCCGGGACGGCGGGGGGACACCCGCGCCUGCCGCUAACGGGCUGCCUGAGCAACACCGUCUGGGUUUACACACGCUAAUUACCAUUACCCACAGCCCGACGCAAAAGCUCCACUUCAAUUAAAUGUUGCCUUUUAUUUCCUAUUUCAUUUCAUUUUGAAGUCUGUAUUCGAAAAGAUAGAGACUUGACAAGUGUGCUUUUUAUAACUAUAAAUAUAUAUUCCUUCAAUAAAAAGCUAUAACGAUUCUCAGGAUGCCUUCUAGGUGUGGAGGAGACGGUCUGUCGCUGGCGCUGGGCGAAACCCGCCCGGCCGUGCCCCCCCGUCACCCCUCGCCCCGCAGGGAACGGCCGCAGGCUGGACACAGAAAAUGCUCAGAAUUGGCAGGAUCCUCUGCAGCAAUCGCGUUUCUUACCAGACUCAUGCUUCACUUGCAAAGUGUGACAUAACCACGGGACGAGUGCCUUGCUUGAACCAAAGCAACGAUUUUGCCAGUCUAGACCUCUCUGUGCUUUUUUUUAUUCUUCCUGUGAAUACCUCAGCUUCAACUGGGCCGCCGUCACGUACCUGGUGGGCUUAUUGUACUGUGGUGCUUUGCAAUGCAACCCUGCAGAGAACAAGGUUCGGAAUAAUACCAAAGGUCCUUCUCCUCCUCCUCCUCCUCCUCCUCCCGUCCUCCGCCUCCUCCUCCUCCUUCCUCCUCCUCCUCCUCCUCCCGUCCUCCGCCUCCUCCUCCUUCCUCCUCCUCCUCCUCCCGUCCUCCGCCUCCUCCUCCUCCUCCUCCUCCUCCGCUCCUCGUCCUUCUCCUCCUUCCCCUCUCCUCUCGUCCUUGUCCUCCUCCUCCCCUCCCUCUCCCUCCCCUCUCCCCUCCUCUCCCCUCCCUCUCCCCUCCCUCUCCCCUCCCUCUCCCCUCCCUGUCCCCUCCCUCUCCCCCUCCCUCUCCCCUCCUCUCCCCUCCUCCUCUUUUCUAUUUCUUCAUGGUUCCAAAGCUUUAAUAUAAAACUGGGCAUGUUGGCAACGCAGACCGUGCAAUCCCUUACCGAAUUUUCUCAGAUAUACCUCAUAGAUAAUAGUUGUUUAGAGUAAUGUUAUUAUAGCGUAUGUAAUAAAUUAUUCACUGUUUCUUUUUGGUAACUGUGAUUUAAAAAAAAAAAAAAAGCUUUAUACGUUUUAGGUUGUGCUUUUGUAAUAGACAAAAAAGGUGCGCUUAAAAAUGUCCGUCAGUCUUUCUUCCCGUUGGAUUUUUUUGUUGUUGUUUAUUACGGAUUGGGGAAAAGUUGCAGAAUGAGCCCAAAGUUUACAGUUUCAUAUUUUGCUGAAGAAACAAUCUGUGUUAAUUUGCUCUGUUGAAAAAAAAAAGAAAAAAAAAGAUUAUUUUCUACAUUUGUGCUACUUGGUCUGAACAGCUAAUUGUUCUGUGUUACGGUGUAGUAUUAUAAUUAGCAACUGCCAAUCAGUGCUAUCAUUUUUAUGCAUGAGGCAAAAAUCUUAGCAGUGUGAUGCAUCGUGGUUCUUAAUGGCAACUUCCUUUUUUAAAUUUGAAAAUAGAUCUUUUGGUUUGAUGGUAUUUAUUUAUGCAUGGGAGCCUGUUAUCUGUUAGCAGUUGUGGAACAGUUGUGUAUACAUGUGAACUGUGAAAACAUGCACAGUUUUGCCUCAUACAAUUAAAUACCGAUAUUUAGAUCUAUUUUGAUCUAUGUUUUAAAUGCAACUGAGUCAAAUUGAAUUCCAGUUAAAUUUAAUUUCUAUCUAUCAGAGGAAAAGUUUGACCAACUGGCAGUUUUUUCGAGCCAAUUUAAUUUAUAGUGGGUCACUUGAAAAUACAUGUCUUGAUCAAAACUGAGCCAACUGUGCAUUUUUUCCAAAGAAAAGGAGUUACUUUGGCUUUAUGGCAGAGACCUCAAACACAACAUGUAAUAAGAGAUGUAAUAACGGAGCUUCGUAUGAAUUCCACGCCUCUUCUGUGGCUCAUGCUCCGAUUAAUCAUUUUGCGCUUGGUUUCGCCUAGUAUUUUGCAGCAAGGUCAGCACGCGGCAUGCGCCAAAAGACUUCAGUAUUAGCAGAUCUAUUACGGCCACGCCGCCCGUCGCGACAGAGCAGACUGUCUCCGCGUCAGUCCCGGCGGCACGGCCACGGUCCCCUCGCGUCCCUUGGGCCUAUGCAACCGAUUCGGUCCCCCGACCCCGAAGCGCAGUGCUCGGUCCGUUUAGCUCUUCCUCGGAGGGAAACAGACCCUGUCCCUUGCAGUUCGCGCAGGACACCGCCACCGCUUACCGCCCUCCACUCUGGGCCAAUAUUGGUUAGAACCUUUUACACCCCACUGGAGUUGUCCCUCAUCUCAUAAACUAGUUUCACUUCCAAGAACCCCCCAAAUUUUACAGUACCGCUAUUGGACUGGCAAGUUUAUUGUCCUUUACAUCU